UUACUUCUCCGCUCACACGUGCAGAUCGAUUCGUAAACGGCAGAGGAAUUUAUUUUUGUAUUCUUAUAUUGGUUGUAAAUAAUGGCUGACGAUGUUGGCCAGGAUAAGCGAAAGCAGCACCGUGCCCGCCAAUCUGGGGUCAAGGCGGAAAAGAAGAAGGUAAAGGCCAAAAAGGAUUCCAAUCAAAAGGAACCCGAAUUGACGGCGCGCCAACGAAAUCCAAAAGCGUUUGCUAUCAACUCGGCACAACGUGCUGAACGCAAUUUUCGACGCAAAGAGGAUCUGACGGCCAAAAAGCAGCAUAUUCCCAUAGUCGACCAGACACCCGAUGAACCGCCACCGGUUCUGAUUGCGAUUGUGGGUCCACCCAAAGUAGGCAAAACAACGCUGAUCAAGGAUCUUAUCAAGAGCUUCACACGCACAACUGUUACGGAUAUACGUGGUCCUAUUACUAUAGUAACCUCAAAAAAACGACGCAUUACCUUGCUGGAGUGUAACAAUGACAUUAACUCAAUGAUUGAUGUAGCCAAGUGUGCGGAUCUGGUGCUUCUGCUCUGUGAUGCAAGCUAUGGCUUUGAGAUGGAGAUCUUCGAGUUCCUGAACAUUUGCCAAGUGCAUGGCAUGCCCAAGAUCAUGGGUGUGCUAACCCAUUUGGAUAUGAUUAAGAAUCCCAAGCAACUUCGCAAACGGAAGAAGGAGCUGAAGCAUCGAUUCUGGACAGAGGUCUACGAUGGAGCUAAACUCUUUUAUUUGUCUGGCCUGCUCCAUGGCGAAUAUUUGCGUAAUGAGAUCAAGAACCUGGGUCGCUUCAUAUCUGUUAUGAAGUUCCGUCCACUGCAGUGGAGAGGAGCGCACAGCUACCUUCUGGUGGAUCGCAUGGAGGAUAUCACCAAUACGGAUGCAGUGCGCCGGGAUCCCAAGUGCGAUCGUGAGGUCGUCCUGUAUGGCUAUGUGCGUGGUGUGCCGCUCAAGCAGGAACAUAUGGUACAUAUUGCCGGCUUGGGAGAUGCACGCAUCGACGAGCUAGGCGUUAUACCUGAUCCGUGUCCUCUGCCUGGCACAGAAAAGAAGCGUAGUUUGCUGGAAAAGGAGCGUCUGCUCUAUGCCCCUAUGUCGGGGGUCGGUGGCAUCGUCUAUGACAAAGAUGCUGUAUACAUUGAGCUCCAGGGCUCGCAUUCACAUAAGGAAAAGACAGCCGAGUCCAGUGAGCAGGAAGCACUGGUCAGCAAAUUGAUAGACAAGAAGACCACUAUCGAUGAACAAAUUGAACAGCAAGAAUUCCGACUCUUCUCUGAUGGUGCGCCCAUCAUGUCCAAGGAUUUUAAAAUCGAAGAACAGGUGAAUUCCGAUGAAGAUCAUGAGGAAGACAGCGAUGCAGAUGAUUCUGGCUUGGAUGCAGCCUCGGACGACGAAGAGCAGCCUGAUGAAUUUGCUGCUGAUGAUUGGCGUGGUGAGGAUAGCGAUAAUGAGGAGGAGGACCAAGAGGAUGAGGAUGAGGAUGUCUCCUCCGGUGAUGAAGAGUAUCAAAGUUUGGCGGAUGUCAAAAAAAGCGCAGCGGACAGCGAGGAAUCCAACGAAGAGGAUGAUGAAGCACGCAUCCUGGCCAGCAACAUGAGCUGGAAAAACAAUCUGGCACAAAAAGCGCGUGAUGCCUUCCUGCAACGUCACUCGGAGUCCCGCAAUUUGAUGCGCAUUGUCUAUGGUGUUUACAACCAAGGCGAAGUCAAGGAGAAGCAGGAGGAGGACAAUGCCGAGGAUUCAGAAGAGGAACUGGGCGGCUUGUUCCGACUAGCUUCCAAAAAGCAAACGAACCUGCAGCAGGACAAGGACAUUCGCGACAAGGACGAGCGCUGCUUCUUCGAGUAUCAAAGCGAUGCUACACGAGACUGGCUUUCCGAUGCAAACAAGGAGCUUAUCAAGAACUGCUUUGUGACAGGCAAAUGGAAAGCCUCGGAAGAUGCUGAAAACUUGCUUAAAUUAGACGACAUGAGCGAUGCGGAUAGCGAAGUCUAUGGCGACUUUGAGGACCUGGAGACGGGCGAACAGCACAGCGGCAAGCCGAAAGUAGAAGCGGAUGAGGAGAAGGCAACCGUUGAUGAGGACGCCGCAGGUCCACCUGCCAAACGUAGAAUGACCCGCGUGGAGGAGGAAAAUCUGACCAAGGCUGAGCUUAUGGCCAAAAAACUGAAACUAAAGGCCAAAUUCGAUGCAGAAUAUGAUAAUCAUGGGAAGGGUGAAGAUGAUGGACGCAUCACCGGCGAUCACUCCUUUUACGAGGACCUCAAGGCGGAGGCCCAAAAGCAGAGUGAGCUGAACAAAAACGAGUUCGCUCAGCUGGACAAUGAGCUCCGCAUCCAAAUCGAAGGCUAUCGCGCUGGCUUAUAUGUGCGCCUGGGCUUUAAGUCUAUACCAGCUGAGUUUGUGGAGAAUUUCGAUGCGAGUUAUCCAGUGCUUGUGGGUGCACUCAACAUGACCGAGGAGAAUGUGGGCUAUGUUAAUUGCAAGGUCAAGAAGCACCGCUGGUACAAGAAGAUCCUCAAGACUGGCGAUCCACUGAUCAUUUCGAUGGGCUGGCGUCGCUUCCAGACGGUGGCCAUCUUUGCAAAGGUCGAGGACAACUUGAGGCAUCGCUAUCUCAAAUAUACGCCCAAUCAUGUGACCUGCAGCAUGACCUUUUGGGGUCCUAUAACGCCUCAAAAUACAGGCUUUCUGGCGCUGCAAACUGUGCGUCAGGAUCAAGAGGAAAUGAAGCGUUUAGGUUUCCGCAUCGCUGCCACCGGCUGUGUUACCGAACUGGACAAAUCCUCGCAGAUUAUGAAGAAACUUAAGCUAGUGGGACAUCCCUUCAAGAUCUACAAGAACACGGCAUUCAUUAAGGACAUGUUCAACUCUUCCCUGGAGGUGGCCAAAUUUGAAGGUGCGAAGAUCAAGACAGUUUCUGGCAUUCGUGGCCAAAUUAAAAAGGCCCAUCACACGCCGGAGGGCUCAUUCCGUGCCACAUUCGAGGACAAGAUAUUGCUGAGCGACAUCGUAUUCUGUCGCACUUGGUUCAAUGUGGAGGUGCCACGUUUCUAUGCUCCGAUUACUUCGCUACUGUUGCCCCCAGAAAAGAAGAGUCAAUGGCAAGGCAUGAAGACGCUUGGCCAACUGAAGCGGGAGCGGGCGCUCCAGAACGAGGCACAGCCAGACAGCAUGUACACUGAAAUUGUGCGCAAACCAAGGAUCUUCCGGCCACUGGUCAUACCAAAGGCACUGCAGCGUGCCUUGCCCUACAAGGAUAAACCGAAGCUGGGCCCAGAAAAUUCGAAGGAAGCUCUCGAACGCGUUGCCGUAAUCAAUUCGCCGUAUGAGCAAAAGGUGGCCAAAAUGAUGAAGAUGAUAGAGACGAACUACGAGGACAAGCGACGUCGCGAGCAAAGGGAAACGAAGCAGCGUUUGAAAAAGUUCCGUGCCCAAAAGCGAGCUGACGAAGCAUCCAAGCUGAAGCGCCAAAAGGAGCUGCGCAAAAAGGUCUCCCGGGCCAUCAGCAAGAUGCGUGGAAAGAACAAUAAAUGAUUAUGAAAUAAUGUAAUGUAUAGAUCCUAGGGUAAACAUAAAAAUACAUUUGUACAAUUUGAAA